AUGAGUUCCGAUGAUGGGAAGAAACUGGAUUUCGUCAAGGCUAUUGCCUCGGACGGCGAUGUUAUCCUUGUUGUCGGAGAGCAAAAGGUCGAACUGAGAGUCCAUUCCCAGUGCCUCAUCAGUGCUUCGAAAGUCUUUGGCGCAAUGCUCGGCCCGAACUGGAGUGAGGGCCAAAAUCUCUCCAAAAACUCGCCGAAAGAGAUUCCCCUUAUAGAGGACGAUGCCAAGGCGUUAUAUACAAUUUGUUGCGUCGUCCAUCACCGAAACGACAUUCUACCCGAAAGGAUUUCGCCUCGAGAAUUGCUUCAGAUUGCCAUCGAGGCGGAUAAAUAUGACCUCCGUACUGCUCUCCUCUUUGCGAAAGCGCAGUGGUUGCAAAGGAAAAACAUCACCGAUAUGAUGGAGUUGGCAUACCUCAUGGCGGCAGCUUUCUUGUUCGACGAUAUGGACAUGUUUAUAGAGCAUAGCCAAGCUCUCAUUCUUCAGCACCAAGAUUCCUAUAUCGAGCUUCUAGCGGACUCCACGUUGUCCCAAAUACUACCUGCUAAUACUCCUCACUUAUUAGAAGAACGCAGAAAUCGGAUGAGAGCGGAAAUAGGGGAAAUAAUGCUCAGGGAGACGAAAAAUAGUUGUUCCUGUGGCUGGGGCAAAAGUCGUAGUGAUAGCUAUCGAGAUCUGUUAUAUGAGUAUACCCCUCUGAGGAUACUUGGGACUCCCAUCUCGAAAGUUGUUGAACGGAUCCAAUCGAUUUCGUAUGACGGUAAUCGGCAAUACCACGCGAGUACUUCGAGAUAUGAUAAGGAUUACUAUCACGAACCGGCCAAGUAUAUCGCAACUCUAGCUGAGAAGCUGGAGAAAGCAAAGAGGAGAGUCAGCCUUUGUCUCGAUUGUGUGCAAGGCAGUGGCGAGACGGAAUCCUGCAGAUUCGAGCAUGAAGAAUUUUACUACCGGUUCAACUGA